AUGCGUGCGCUGUUAUUGCUGUCGUCGCUGUCCGUGCUGAUGAUGACGUCGGCUGCGGCUGACGUCAGCACUCGGUACGACGAGAGCACCGGCCGCAUCGUCGUCUCCAUCGAAAGAGGUGGUGACAAUGUUGACGUCGAAUCCGUCGCUGUCCUGGGAUACGAGGGUGCUCCUAGUACAUGUCACAAUGCUGGACUCGAUGAGGAUUGUUUCCAGUUCCAAGAAUCGAGAAUUGUUGUUGAGCGUUCUCAGAGGGACGAAGGAGUGUGUUACAGAUUUUCUGCGUCGUACGAUAUCCCAGGUAUAAUAGUAGAAAACUGCAUUCCUCACAACGGUAGCCACCUAUACGGAGGUCCAGAGCAGUAUAAUCAAUACUGGCCCAUAGAGUCCAACGUAUACAGCAAUUAUUCGUACGUCACUAAACAGCAGGACAACGUCGGCAUUGCCGAGCGGUAUUGGCUUUUUUCGGACGGUAGAUACGUCCACGCGCAACCAAAUAUGCCUCUCUUCAUCAAUCAGAACAUCAACGACUCUGUGGGUUGGCUGUGUCUUGCCGCUGAGAAGGCACCGCCAUACUCGCUGGAGCGAUCCGGCAUCGUCCUGAACAAGACGACGUGCGUGUUUGAAGACGCGAGGCAGGCCCACGAGGAUGCAGUCGAGAGGUACCUGGGCAGACCGUCUGGCAUACCGGACGAGCGAAUGACCACGCACCCUAUUUGGUCAACGUGGGCGCGGUACAAGAGGGACAUUAACGACUCUACGGUGAGGCAGCUGGCCGCGGAAAUAGUCGCCAACGGCUUCAACAACAGCCAGCUCGAGAUAGACGACCUGUGGGAAACCUGCUACGGGAGCCUGACGUUCGACACGGCCAAGUUCCCUGACGUGAGGAAACUCACAGAAGAUCUGCACGACCUGGGUUUCCGCGUCACCUUGUGGGUCCACCCCUUCGUGAAUCUCGACUGCGAGCCGUACCAUUCUCAGGCCCUCGCCAGUGGAUACUUCGUCACCAAUACCGAAGGCAGCGCCAAUACCUCCUGGUGGAAUGGCGAAGGCAGCGUCGUCGACUUCACAAACCCUGAAGCGGCAGCCUGGUGGGCCAAUAGGCUUUGGGCACUAAAAAACGAGACGGGGAUCGACUCGUUCAAGUUUGACGCGGGUGAGACCAGCUGGCUGCCACAGCUGCCCGACAUCGAACCCUUAGACCUGAGCCCGGUGCAGUUCACUGAAGACUACCUGAGGACCGUCUCGCAGUUCGGCUCCACGAUAGAGGUGCGCGUAGCCGAGCGGACGCAGCAGCUGCCGGUGUACGUGCGCAUGCUCGACAAGGACAGCAGGUGGGGCUUCGACAACGGGCUGCCGACGCUGGUGACGACGCUGCUGCAGAUGAACCUGGUGGGCUACCCCUUCGUCCUGCCAGACAUGGUGGGCGGCAACGGCUACGGCAGCGACGUGCUCACCAAGGAGCUCUUCAUACGCUGGCUGCAGGCCAACGUCUUCAUGCCGGCCAUUCAGUUCUCCUACGUGCCCUGGGACUUCGACAACGAGACGGUGGAGAUGAGCCGCGAGUUGACGGCGCUGCACGCAGCCUACGCACCACGCAUCGUCGACCUGAUGAAGAAGACGGUGCAGGACGGCACGCCUGUCAACCUGCCCAUCUGGUGGCUCGACCCGACGGACGCCACUGCGCAGGCCAUCAACUCUGAGUUCCUGCUGGGGGAGGAGUUGCUGGUGGCGCCGGUGUUGGAGGAGGGCGCGGUGAGCCGCGACGUGUACCUGCCCAGGGGCAGCUGGAGGGACGAGGCCGACCCGCAGCACCCGGUGGUACAGGGCCCCGUCUGGAUCCGCGACUACGCAGCUCCGCUCAGCGUCCUGCCCUACUUCACCAGGCUCUCAGAGGACUGA